UCUUGAUGAAAAGACAAAAACUUCUCCCUCACUCACUUCUUUUAUCCACUAUCUAAGUUUUUAUUUGAAUAAUGAUCUCACUGGCAUUAAUAGACACCUCUGAGAUAAUUUUUUCAUCUGUUAUGGAUAUACAACAACUUCAUUGAUUUUUUUCACUCACGCUAUCAAAAACUACAUAAAACUUUGUUGAAAAGUGAGGAUUUUUAUUCACCUGAGGAAAGAGUGAGCUGAAAUUAAGUCACCAUGGCACUGGACUCUGACUUUGGUGUGAAGAGCAGCAGCAUCAUCAGGGAAUGGAGUGGACAGGUCCAGCCUGCUCUGGUCGCCUCCUUUGUUUUCCUCUUCUGUCUGGAAGCCUGCCUGUGGGUCAGGAACCUCAGGCUCAAGAGAAGACUGCCUGGACCCUUUGCCUGGCCGGUGGUGGGCAAUGCCAUGCAGCUGGGCCAGAUGCCUCACAUCACCUUCGCCAAGUUGGCCAAAAAGUAUGGAAAUGUGUACCAGAUACGACUGGGCUGCAGUGACAUCGUGGUUCUGAAUGGAGACAGGGCAAUACGUCAGGCUCUGAUACAGCACAGCACUGAGUUUGCAGGCAGACCAAACUUUGUCUCUUUCCAGAUGAUCUCUGGAGGCAGGAGUAUGACUUUUACUAAUUACAGCAAACAGUGGAAAGCACACAGGAAAAUAGCCCAGUCCAGCCUCAGAGCGUUCUCCUCUGCAAACAGUGAGACCAAGAAAGCAUUUGAGCAGCACAUAUCAGCUGAGGCCAUGGAGCUGGUGCAGGUAUUCCUACGCCACAGCACUGAUGGACGUUUUUUUGACCCGGCUCAUGAAUUCACAGUAGCUGCUGCUAAUGUCAUGUGCGCUCUGUGCUUUGGGAGGCGAUACGGACAUGAUGAUAUUGAGUUCAGGAACCUGUUGAAGAAGGUGAACAAGUUUGGAGAGACGGUGGGGGCAGGUAGUCUUGUAGAUGUGAUGCCCUGGCUUCAGUCCUUCCCUAACCCAGUCCGUAGUGUCUAUGAGAACUUCAAGAACCUCAAUGAGGAGUUCUUUGCUUUUGUGAAGGAUAAAGUGGUGCAGCACAGGGAGUCCUUUGACCCUGAAGUUACCCGGGACAUGAGUGACGCCAUCAUCAAUGUGAUCGAGCACGGAAAGGACAGUGGACUGACGAAAGAGUUUGUCGAAGCAACAGUCACAGAUCUAAUCGGAGCAGGACAGGACACAAUGUCAACUGUCAUGGAGUGGAUCCUCCUGCUGCUCAUCAAGUACCCAGACAUUCAAGCCAAACUGCAUGAGCUCAUAGACAAAGUGGUCAGCCGAGAUAGACUGCCUUCAAUAGAGGACAGAAGCAACCUGGCAUACCUGGACGCCUUCAUCUACGAGACCAUGCGCUUCACUAGCUUCGUCCCUGUCACCAUCCCACACUCCACCACCUCCGACGUCACCAUCGAAGGUCUCCACAUCCCGAAAGAUACCGUGGUCUUCAUCAACCAGUGGUCAGUCAACCACGACCCCCUGAUGUGGAAGGACCCUCACGUUUUUGACCCCACACGCUUCCUUGAUGAAAACGGGGCCCUUGAUAAGGACAUAACCAACAAUGUGAUGAUCUUUUCAACGGGUAAGAGACGCUGCAUCGGCGACCAGAUUGCCAAGGUGGAGGUGUUUUUAUUCUCAGCCAUCCUGCUGCACCAGUGUAGCUUUGAGAGCAGCCCCUCUGACCCCCCCUCUUUAGACUGCUCCUACGGGCUCACGCUGAAGCCGCUCCAGUUCUGUGUCCGUGCCAAGCUCAGGGGAAAGCUGCUUGGCUUAGUUUCCCCGGCAUGAACAGCAUGUCCCAAUACUGUGACUCAAGGCCAGCAAACACUUCUCCAACAAUGACAUUUAACAGUGAGUAUCAAGAUCUUACUGUUGGAAGGUUUUCAUAUUUAAUGAUGAUAUUUAAUGCAUAUCUGAACACAGACUGUAUUUGAAGUAUUGUUUGGAACAUGAUUUCUAAGGUGUAACAUUUGCUACAGGUUGAAUCUGAGGUUUUGUGGCUGUGGGGAUAAACUUUUGCUUCACAAGAUACUUGAUCAGACUUUGUACAUAAUUUUGAGUUGUGUGCUUGAUUUAAAUUCACUAUUGUGCAUGUACAUGUAUUAUGUGUAUGCAGGAAUUAGCUACUUUCCUAACAUGUCAAUCUAAACUAAUAUAACUGUGUAUGAGAUGCUCGUGAAUGUUAUAGAGUCCCUUAAUGACUUAUUGUUCCGUAUUGUAAUAUGUAAGAUGAUAUUUAACCUUUGCCACCUACAGCAGUUACAUUUCUUUAUUUCCUAUUUCAGGUAUGACAAUAAAUGUAAUGAAUUUUAAUGUAUUUCACUAUCUACUGUACACAAAGUGUAUGAACACAUGAAGUAAAGAAUGCUGAUUGAAGGGGUGUGUUUUUGAAGGAGGAAGUCUUAAAUCAAGGGACAUCCAUUACAGCCUGAAAGAGGAAGAAAAGACACUGCAAUGAACCUUGAAGACUUCACAAGUUUUGUGCACCCAGGGUUGAGUUUUACUGUACAAGCACUGCAGCUACACAAUGCCAAACACAAACAUCACACCAGUAAUAAAAAACAACAAACACAUGAAGCAAACGUCUUCCACUCACUCAAAACAUGUCUGUUUACAAUGUCACUUUGUCAAAGCUAUAUGGAUGUGAGUGCACUCUCUUUGGAAUCGAUGUAACAAUGCUCAAGGGAUGUGUUCCUCUGUCCGUGUCAAGGCAGCAAAUUAAACUUUUAAGGCCUUGAAUGUUUCACUACACCCUCACAGAGGAUGUGAUUUGUCCAUGUGUUGGCUUUAUAUGAUGGGAAAAUAAGCUAUAACUGAAAUAAAUAAAGUGAUGUUUUGUCAAUGUCA